CCUGUUCUCGUAAUAUAUGCCACGGAAGAUGCUUCGACUUUUCUGCUGCGUUUUGGUGUGCGUCUCAGCCAUCAGUGGGUGCGAUAGUGGCGAUUACGAAUGCCAAUUCGAUCCGGACCGGCCCGAAUCCGAGGGUCCGUGCGACAAUUUCUACCGUCAUACCUGCUCCGCGUGGCUAUCUCAAACGCGCAGACCCGAAUUCGAAUCGGUGUGGAACCAUUUCAUCGAGGGAUCGUACAAAAUAAACCGAAACGUCCGGAAAAUUUUGGAAAACGCUUCGGACGACGUGACGUUAAAAAAGGCCAAGACGUUUUACGAGGCAUGCGUCAAUUUUGGAUCUCACGAAGAUCGUUACGUCAUCAACUUGAAAUUGUUAAUCGACUAUUUCAGCGGAUGGCCGCUGGCGGAAGACAAAUGGUCCGGAGUCAACUACAACUGGUUGGAGAGCGUGGCGCAGAUCAACAAGGUCCUCGACGUGCAUCCCAUUUUCAAGUUUCACGUCGGCAUCGACUACAAGGACACGCGAAAGUAUUCGAUAUACAUCGAGCCGGGUACCCUCAUUUUCCCGCAAAACGCCCUUUUAAAACCUUUAAACUAUUCCAGAGAACUUAGAGCUUAUUCGCAAUGGAUAAUUAAAAGUGCGUUGCAUUUAUAUCCCAAAAAGUAUGUUACGAAACGGUUGAAACUGCAGGCCAAAAAUAUCGUCGAGUUUGAAGCGCGCCUCGCCAAGUUCAUGGUUCCGAAAUCGAACAUCGAAAAGACGAAUGUUAAAAUGUUAUCCGUAAGGACGUCAAUAAAUUUUCUCGAUGUCCUCCGGCACCUGUUUGCCGGUCCUACUUUCAAGGUCGAACAAACUGAUAGCGUAGUAGUAAGGCAUUUGGAAUAUUUCGUAAACGUUAUGGAGUUCCUUAAGGACGUCGACAGCGAAAGCAUAGCAAAUUAUCUAAUAUGGUGCGUAAUCAAAGCUUUGUCCCGAGACACGAGCCGAUAUCUCCACGAACUGAAUUUUUUGAUGGACAAAGCAGUUUUGGGCAUUACCGCCGAUAUUUCGCGGAGGACCGAGUGCGUCAGCAAGGUUAUCGACCAUUUCAGUUUUGCAAUUUUGGCGAAGUACUUGGAUUUCUACUUCGACGAAUCGUCGAUAGAGAACGUCGACAAUAUUGUAACCAACGCGCGGAUGGAAUUUGAAAAGUUGUUGGACCAAAACGAUUGGAUUAGCGAGGGCACUAGGUCGUUAGCUAUCGAAAAGGUUAAAAAGAUGCAGCAUUUCGUGGGAUUUCCUAAUUGGGCGCGCAACGGUAGCGUCGUCAAUAUGUUUUACGAGAACUUGAGUAUUAGUAACAAUCAUCUACUCAACGUUAUCAACGUUAAAAAUUUUAAAAGCGAAAAUAAUUUGAGGUUAUUAAAUUCCAACGCCGAUUCAAUUCUGUGGCCUUCUAACAUUUUUGAAGUAAAUUCUUACUACAGCGUUUUGCAAAAUUCCGUUUUCAUUCCACUGGGCAUUUUGCAACCCCCAUUUUAUAAGCAAAACAGGCCGAGUAUACACAAUUACGGAGCCCUUGGGGCUCUCAUAGGACAUGAGUUGUCACAUUCGUUAGACACCAUAGGAAGGCAAGCCAAUGUACAGGGCACAAUUUCCCAGUGGUGGCCCUUGCAGGACAUUUUCAAUUACCAGACAAGAACCAGAUGUUUUGAAGACUUGUACAACAGCAAACACAUACCGACGGUCGGUGAAAAUAUAGCCGAUAAUGUGGGAUUGGAAAUUAGUUUGCAGGCCUAUAAAAAUUUAGACUUGGAGGGCAUUUUACUGACAGAUAUGGGUAUGGAUGGUUUGUUUUUUUCGAGUUAUGCUUUCAUGUGGUGCGAAAAAUCGGAAGCAAUGGAAUUAUUCAACGAUGAGCAUACUGCAGUAGAGAGCCGAGUGAAUAGGGCCAUGUUGAACAACAAAUCGUUCAGGAAACUUUUUAAUUGUUCUAGCGUGCCAAACUACUGCGAACUCUGGUAGCAAAAUAAAUUUGUUUUCACGUAA